UGGGGUGCCGUGACGGAGUUGCGGUGCGAGUGUUUCUGUGGCCAUGGCCUGCGCCGCCGCAUGGUCGCCGGCCGACCAGGACAGGUUCAUCUGCAUCUACCCCGCGUACCUGAACAAGAAGAAGAUCAUCGUGGAGGGGAGGCGGAUCCCCAUCAGCAAGGCUGUUGAAAAUCCUACAGCUACAGAAAUUCAAGAUGUGUGCUCAGCAGUUGGACUUAAUGUGUUUCUUGAGAAAAAUAAAAUGUACUCUAGAGAAUGGAAUCGUGAUGUUCAGUACAGAGGCAGAGUCCGGGUCCAACUCAAACAGGAAGAUGGCAGCCUUUGUCUUGUGCAGUUCCCAUCACGUAAGUCAGUAAUGCUGUAUGUGGCAGAAAUGAUACCUAAACUGAAAACAAGGACACAAAAAGCAGGAGGCGGUGAUCCAAGCCUUCAACAAGGAGAGGGAAGUAAAAAAGGAAAAGGAAAGAAGAAGAAGUGACCUGGUGUGAGGUUCA